AUGCCAAAAACACCAGAAAGGAGGAGAAUCUCCACGCAAGCUAGACUUAUAGAGCAUGAGAGGAAUAAGGAUCAAAAGCUGAACAAAAAAAGUAAUACUUCUGUAAGCAGAAGGAAAACUAAAUAUCAAUUUGCCCCCAUCAACAAUUUAAAUUCUAAAGAGACUGUUCCGCAGACCAUAUUAAAAUCAAUUUCGGUUUCACAGAUCAGGAAUUCAGCUGGUUCCAAGAACACAACACUUUCCCCAAAAGCCAAGAAACAGAAGAUAUCUGAUAAUUCCAAAACAACAAAAGAUAUACCAAUAAAAUCCAAUCAGGACACUUCGUUUCCUAAGAGUUCGGUUGAAAAAUUGCAAGGGCCAUUGGAAGAGGUUAUAUGGAAAUAUAGUCCAAAUAAAAAAGAAGUUUCUGAUAAAUCAUAUAGUCCGAAAGACCAUUCAGAUGAUAUUAUAAGCACUGAUAUACUACAAAACCCUUCAUCUACACCUAUAGCUGCUACACGGUGGAGGACGGUGGUGAAUUUUACAAACAUGAAGGAUCAUGAUCAUUUUGCGAAAUCCCCAAGCUCCACAGGAGUAAAAGUUGCAAGUAGAACAAAAUCCGCUUCCGAGACUGACAAAGAAGUGUUUAGAGACAUUGACGACAUUUUGAAUGAUAUUGAGGGAGACAUAAGAUCAAAAUCGGAGGCAGUUAGAUUAUCAACUUUUCCUUCAUCACCUUCUGAAACGACUGCUGAUAUAAUAAAUGCCAAAAAUGUAGCGAAAGACGCUCAGCCUAGUGAGCUUUUAGAAAAUAGUAGUGAGGACGAUUCUCUGAUGGAUCUCUUAGCAAAGAAAGACACUUCACAGGGAGCUUUGCCAAAAGGGCAUACAACUACGGUAGUUUAUAAAAAAAAUGAAGGAGCAUCCAUUACGACGAGGCCUGAUACAGAUCCAAAUUCUAAGAUAUCAGAAAAACCCAGUAUAUCUGUUCCAUAUGUAAAUAAGGCUGAAGGCAAUACAUCAAAAAUGGCUCUUGGUGAAGUACAUCUGAUUUCUCACGAUAUGUCAAAUUCUGCUUCUAAUAAUAGUGGCACCACAAAAUUUUUGUUGAAACAAAGUGGCUCACAAUCUGAUGAGACCGACGAAGAAAUGUCAGACGCUUCAUUGCUAGAGGACCUUGACAUAUUUAAAUUAGAGCAACGUGAGAGAAAAUCGGCGAUGACUGAGCAACCAAAUAAAUUCGAAAGGUAUCAGAAGUUAGCACACUCCGUUGUUGCUCGAAAAGGAGUUGUACGGCUAGUCGUACUCAAUUCUGUUGAAAGAGAACUUACCAACAUUGGUAAACAAAAGAUUCUUACAUGUAUUGAUGAGUAUGGUAAAAAAAGUUCAGUCAUUCUCCGAAAUCCAUGGGUAUAUCUAGAUUUUGACGAAGGUGAUAUUAUACAUAUAGUUGAAGGAAAGGAUGCAUCAAAUAAGAGACUGUUAUCAGAUGAUAGAGAUCCUACUACCAAUAGGGUCAACGACAACCUUUUGGUACUUAACCCUGACAUAUUAGUGUCAGCAACAACUGUAGGGAAAUCUGUCCAGUGCAUGAGAAGCAGUGUUCUGGACAAUUUUUUUCAGGACCCAAGAGGAGAGCCUAGCUUACCUAUGACAAUUGGAAAUAUUGUUCACGAAUUGUUACAGAGUGCCUUGAAAUACAGGUGUAGCAAUACUUCAAUAACUUUGGAAUAUUUGUCUGAAUGUCUUGAUAGCUUACUGGAAGCAUAUUCUUUUGCAAUAAUUGUUUGUGAUAAAACCAUAGAGGAAGUCAGAGAAGAAAUUUUGAAUACGCAUGUACACAAUAUAUUGAAAUUUCUACAUGAUAACGUCAAAGAAGACAAUUAUGGUAAUUAUGUUCUUAUUUCAGGGGCCAGAACCACCGAACCAAUUUCCAUAUCCAACGUUAUAGAUAUUGAAGAAAAUAUAUGGUCGCCAGUAUAUGGCUUAAAAGGAUUUCUUGAUGCUACAGUAGAAGCUCAUGUGAAAAAUAAGAAAUAUAUUGUUCCAAUGGAGGUCAAAACUGGUAAAUCGAGAAGUAUCUCCUAUGAGGUCCAAGGUCUAAUCUAUACGCUACUCUUGAACGACAGGUAUGAAAUGCCAGUGGAUUUUUUUCUGAUGUACUAUACAAGAGACACUCAAAUGACAAAAUUCCCUCGAAUUUUGAAUUCAAUCAAGCAUCUCCUGAUGGCUAGAAACAAACUUGUAACGAGUAUCAAGCAUAGAAUUGGAGUAGUAGCGACAAAGGAGAGGAUAAAUUUUCAACUUCCUCCAUUAUUGAGGGACUCGUAUUGUGACAUUUGUGUAAGCAAACCAACCUGUAUGGUUUUGAACAAAUUGAUAGACGGGGGUGAAGCUGGGAGCUCUGGUAUAUCCGAAGAAGAAUUCAACACACUUACCGAUCAUUUGGGGCCUAAUCUCGGUAGGUACAAGGAAUUUUUCCUAAAAUGUAAUGACUUAAUUAGCAAGGAGGAAUCCAGCCUUACUAGCAUCAACCAAGAGAUAUUUAUGGUUGAUCCCAAGACCAGAGAAUCUCUUAAUGGCCGUUGUAUUUCCGGCCUGAUGAUUGAUAGUAUAAAGAAGGACAGAAAAAGCCAGUUAUAUUUCUACAAGUUUGUAAGAAAGGGAGUGGAGGAUGAAAAUAUUUCAAUGUUGAACUCUCAGAUUAACAACCAUGAUAUGAUUAUUGUUAGUGACGAAAGUGGUCACUUUGCAUUAUGCCAAGGAAAUGCCGUCGACAUUACUAAAAAUUCGAUUACAAUAUCUACAAGAAGGAAAUUACUGAAUAACAAGUUGACCAAUUAUAUGACGGAACAAACUUCAAUUAAAAGUAUGUUUGAUCCUAGUAUAGAUGAAUCUACUACGAUACAAGGACAGAAUAGUGUUACUUUCAGAAUUGACAAAAAUGAUAUACAUCAGAAUUUAUCCAAUGCACGUUUCAAUAUUUUGAAUCUUUUUCUACCAUCAAUAAAGUCAGGAGAUUUUGCUACUGAACGUGAAACUACUGGCGAGAUUAGAUGUCUGAAAAAAUCAGAAGGGGGUGAUGAAAGAAUGAGAAAACUAUUAAUUGAUAAUGAACCACCUAAGUUUAUCCCAAAUAACGAAGCAAUACCGUUCGUAUGGGAUGCAGACAGAACUGAUUUGAAUGUGGAUCAAAAACAAGCCAUCGAUAAAGUUUUACGAGCUCAGGAUUAUGCAUUAAUUUUGGGUAUGCCAGGGACUGGUAAAACAACUGUAAUUGCAGAAAUAAUCAAAAUUUUAGUGAGUAAUAAUAAAAAAAUAUUGCUGACAUCAUAUACCCACUCUGCAGUAGAUAACAUUUUACUGAAGUUGCUCGAUUCUAAUAUUUCAAUAGUAAGACUAGGUUCAAGGAGAAAUAUCCAUCCCAAAGCACAACAUUUAAUACCAGAUUAUGUUUCAUUAGAGAGCCAUAAGACCUUUUUAAAAUUGAUUAAUAAUAUGUCUGUUGUUGCCACUACAUGCCUUGGAAUAAAAGAUAUAUUAUUUUCUAUGAGACAAGAAGAUUUUGACUAUGUCAUAUUAGAUGAAGCUAGUCAGGUUUCAAUGCCAAUUGCACUGGGUCCUAUUAGAUUUGCAGAAAAAUUUAUUUUAGUUGGAGACCACUACCAACUGCCUCCAUUAAUAAAAAAUGCUUAUGCAAAGAUAGAUGGGGGAUUAGAAAAUUCACUUUUUAAGACACUUUGUGAAAAUAGACCAGAAAGUAUGGUCGAAUUAACUUAUCAAUAUAGAAUGUGUGGGGAUAUCGUCAAAUUAUCGAAUUUUCUAAUUUAUAAUGAUAAAUUGAAGUGUGGAAAUGAUGCUGUUAAAAAUCAACGCUUAAAGUUUGAGGAUCUUGAACGAGUCAGGAGGUACCAUCAUUUAUUGAAUUUUGAUGGUUGGUUGUACAAUAUCUUGGAUCCUAAUAGAAAAGUAAUGUUUUUAAAUUAUGAUACAAAUAAUCCUGACAUAGUUGAAAGAAUAGAAAACGAAAACAUCACAAAUAUCGGAGAGAUAGAAAUUAUCAAGCAAUGUGUUGAAGGAAUGCGAGUAAGUGGGAUAAAUUGUGAGAAUAUUGGCGUCAUGACACUAUAUAGGGCCCAACUAAGAUUACUGAAAAAAGAAUUCCGUAAUAAAGAGAAGUUCUCAGAUUUGGAAAUUCUUACUGCAGAUCAAUUUCAAGGGCGUGAUAAAGAUUGUAUUAUCAUAUCGAUGGUACGUUGCAAUAGUGAUCGAAAUGGUGGGUCUUUAUUGAGGGAGCUGAGAAGAGUUAACGUUGCCAUGACAAGAGCUAAAUCGAAAUUAAUUAUAGUAGGGUCAAAAAAAACCAUUGGGUCGGUGAAAGAGAUCAAUUCUUUUAUAAAUAUGUUAGGAGCAAACGGAUGGAUUUAUGAGUUACCCGCUGACGUUUUUAAUAUUUAUAAAUUUCCACAGGAGGAUAAGGCUUCAACUCAGCAUUGUGCGAGGAAAGUUACGAUUAGGCCAAUUGACUCUAAUUCGAGAUUUCUGAAAGACAAGCCAAUCACUAAACAAACGUUAGAGUUUUGA